GUUGGUUCAUUGCGCAUAAUGUCAAGGAUAUUAAGCAAUAGUUAUAUAUUAUAAACAACUGUCUAGAACUUUUCAGUUCUCAACUUUUUCCGUGUACAUUGUCUAUAACUUGCAACGGGUUUUCAUUUCACUUACAAUGCUUUUCGUUCAAAAAAUAAUUCCGUGUUUGGCGGUUUUGAUUCAUAUCAUAUCCGGUGGUGAACAAGAGUCUAUUCAUGUGCGAACUAACUAUGGUACCAUUCAGGGUUACCGGAAGUUUUAUAACGGAAGUUCAGUUAACCAGUUUAUUGGAGUGCCGUACGCAGCGCCGCCUGUGGGAGAUCUCCGCUUCCGGAAGCCCAAACCGCCGCAGCUGUGGGAUGAAGUGUACCAGGCAGAUUCAUUUCCACCUUCGUGUAUGCAAGAUCUUCUACAGAACGACGCAUGGCUAAUACCUAAUCAGAACAUUUCGGAAGAUUGCUUGUACCUAAGCAUCUAUGUUCCUGGAAAUAAUAUUUCUCUUAGUAACAAGUCGCAGAAAUCUGUAAUGGUGUGGAUACAUGGCGGAGGUUUUACUGCGGGCCAGAGCUCGACGUUUGACGGCUCCUACCUUGCGCUACAAGGCGACGUCAUUGUGGUGACGAUCAAUUACCGUCUGGGUUUGUUUGGCUUCCUGUCAACAGAAGAUGAGCACGCGCGUGGUAACUAUGGGCUCUGGGAUCAAAUCGCGGCUAUAGAAUGGGUGCAUGAAAACAUCGACAACUUUGGUGGGAAUAAAAGCAGCGUGUGCAUCUUCGGCGAGUCGGCAGGUGGCUAUAGUGUUGGCCUACAUACUGUCCUCACUCAGAACAGGGGGCGGAUUCACAGGGCCAUCUCCGAGAGUGGAGCUGUGUACAGUCCCCGAGCCGUCGCCCAGCAAUCGGUCGUUGUGGCAGGCAGGGCGGCAAGAAGCCUGAACUGCUCCACCUCAAGUAACAAAGUAAUAAUAAACUGCUUGAAGACCAUUUCGGCCAGCGCUUUGUUGAAGGUUCAGGGUGAUGCCGCAUUCGGCUUCCAGGAGAACGAAACUUUUAUCAAUAGACUUGGUCCUGUGAUUGACAAUGAGCUAAUUUUACAAAACCCUGUCGAUAUUUUGCGUAACAAAAGUUCGCCAUCAUAUGAGUUUUUCAAGGAGCUGGAUAUAAUGGCAGGGACAAACAACGCCGAGGGCGGCCUAAUGUACUGGCGAAUGAUGAAAUACCAGCAACCAUAUAGCUUCAACAUUUCGGAAGGUAUCCCACAAAAGGCUCUCUGCGACAUCGUUGCUCCGGCAGCGGCUUCGGGAUUUUCAGCUUACCGUGACCAAAUUUCAAAGGCAGUCUGCGACCAGUACAGUGUUUCAGAUGUCUCCCUUGCAGAUCAGGCAAGAAGCACAGUCAAUGUGUACGCAGAUAUCCAGUUUAUCAUCCCGACCGUCCAGACGCUGGACGCGCACUCAGAACAAACCCACGGCGGCCGAAGCUACCAGUACAUAUUCACCCACGAGCCUUCGUUCACUUGGAUCCAGGACCGGCCGCCCUGGUUGCGGGGGGCCAACCACGCGGGCGAGCUGCCGUUUGUGUUCGGUCUCGACCAUUUCUACCCGCCAGGCCGGGAUAAACCAGAAGAAGAACGAAAACUUUCCGACACCGUCAUGACCUACUGGACGAACUUCGCCAAAACAGGGGACCCUAACGGAGCGGGCAAUUCCUCCCUACCCGAAUGGCAGGAGUUUAACCCCGAGUCCAGGGCCUACAUGAAUCUCUCCCUCACCCCAGGUCCGGGCAGACACCUGUACGCUGAAAGGGUAGUAUUCUGGACUGAAACUGUGCCAGAGAUUAUGCAACCUCCAUUGGCGAAUCCAUCAACCACGAACAUUCCCGGAGAUGACGGAAAUAACGGAUCGAUUUUAAAUAUUAGCUUUACAUUAUUAUUGUCUGUUUUAAGUUUUAAAUUUUUAGUGCAUUGAUUUGUAAGCACCAAAUGUUUAUCGGAAUUGUAACAAUUCAUUUAUAUGCAAUAUAUUUUGUUUAUCAUCUUGUAUAAGGAGCGAAAGACAGCUUGUGACCACGUCGAGGACGAGUGUUAAUGAUGGACAGCGGUGAGAAGGUUGUGUCACACCUAGACUAUGGGGAUAUAGUGGCGGUUUUGGCGCAAGAUCACCGUUUUAACUUAUUAUUGCUACAGGUUUCAUAUUAACAGUGGCAUGGAUUUUAACUUGAAAACAGUCCCAAUUGAACAAGAAAUUGGCAAUUGUAAAACAACGCAAGACACAAACAUCUAAUCGCAUGCAAACAGUAUCUUGACCAUUGAACCGGCAGAAAUACAUUACCAUAGCUACAAACGUAUUUACACUGGAAACUAUCUUUUUUUGCAAUAUAGAAUGAAAUGAGGGUAAGUUCUCUGCAAAAAGAGCAUAUGUUUCUUCUCUCUCAUUCAACUUAAAGAAAAUAUUGAUACACAAGCACUCAUUCCGUCAACGAGGGGCAGAUAACUGUAGCCAGAGCGAUCAUAGAAUGAUUAGACACAACCUCUAUUAUUGGAUAAUCUAGUGCAGUUAGCUUGUGUAUUACCAGUUUAACAAGAUUCUGAUUGUACAUUUGACUUUUCAAAUUAUAUAUCAUCACGUG